CCACACGACUUCUUCAAAACACUUGACAUUUCAGUUCUUCGCGAACAAAAUUUCUUGAUACAAGACGGAAAAAAAAACCUACGAAAAAAAAUUUCCUCCGUUAAGUAAUAAUAGUGCUCUCCCCCCAAACCGAACCCCCACAGACGCAACCAACAAUUGGAUAAUAUAGAUAAUUUAAUCGAAGAAAAAACCUAAUUGUUUUGAAUCCAAUCAAAACAACAGCAUAACAAUAUUAUUAAUUGGAUAAAAAGCUCUCUUUUUUGCUUUAUUUUGGUUAUAAAUUGCCUUUAUAAUCCACUGUCACUCGUGUCAACCCUGUUGUCAACCUCUUAUACUCGUGCGCUCUUUUUUUAAAUUUUCCCCACCACCACCACCACCAUUUUCCGGAACAACCCUCAAACUAUUUUUAUAUAAAAAUACAAAAAACUUAUACAAAAUGUUGAAUAUUCCUCGUUUACGAGACGUCCUUAAGAAGCUCGAGACAACUAGCGAUCUUGCUAGGAAUCUUAUAAAGAGAGCAAGUGUUGUUAUUGAUGGCAAUAACAACAACAACACUAUCACUAUAAAUAAAGAGCAUGGGACAAUGAUUUCCUCUUCUUCCUUUGCCGAUAAGCCCCCUGAUGUGACGUCAUCUGUGACGACAUCAUCAUCCACUCUUGCCUCUCAAUUUAAUACACUGACAAAAAUCGCUACACCAGGAACAAAUGAAAUCAAAAUGAUGAUGUACAACAACAACAACAACAAAAAUACAAAGCACGAGAUACAUCAGCCACAACCAAAAACAAUCAGAGCUGCGUUAUUUAAUGCCAGUCUAUUUUCGAGGGCAGUAAGCAACGGUGGUGUUGGUAGUGCGACUAUUUCAUUCGAAUCACAAUUAAAUAGUCAAAAUUUACGUAAAGAAAACGCCUUGAAACAUAAUCAAUCAUUUGAAUCAAGUCGUAAUAAUAUGUCAGAGACAAAAUUUAAGGAAGACGUUGUUGUAAUGAUGACACAACAACAACAACAACAGCAAGAGGGUGAAACUAUCACUAAAAAACAGCUGGACGAUGAUGGACAAACUACGACGACGACAAAGGUUUCUUGUAAUGGUGCCUCUUGUGGUAGUGGUGUAAGUGGUGGUGAUAAUGCCUCCUCUGGAACGGACAAACACGAUGGACGAGGAGGAAAAGAAAAACCAUGCUUCAAUAGCAGCCUAGCCGACAUAUUGCAUUUUAUGGAACUUGUUGGCAAUUUGAAGCACACAAAACGAACCGGCUGGGUUCUGCGUGAUGUCGACGAUUGUGAAUCAAUAUCUGGGCACAUGUAUCGCAUGAGCAUGAUGACAUUCCUCCUUGAAGAAACAGAAGGCCUUAAUCGAAUUCGAUGCAUGGAAUUGGCAUUGGUUCAUGAUUUAGCUGAGAGUCUAGUUGGUGAUUUGACUCCGUUUUGUGGAGUUGCUAAAGAAGAUAAAAAAGCCAUGGAAUUAAAAGCAAUGGCUGAUAUAUGUAAACUUGUUGAACCUCGUGGUAAACGUAUUAUGGAAUUAUUUGAAGAAUACGAAGAAGGUCAAAGCGCUGAAUCAAAAUUCGUCAAAGAUCUUGAUCGACUUGAUAUGGUUAUGCAAGCUUUCGAAUAUGAAAAACGCGACAAUUGUCUAAUGAAACAUCAAGAAUUCUUCGACUCAACAGAAGGCAAAUUUCAACAUCCAUUCAUUAAGAAAUUGGUAAAGGAAAUCUGCGACCAGAGGAAGUCACUAGUGGAGGCAAAUGUUAUUGCCAAAGGCGAACUUAACCUAAAGACUGUCACACCCAAUUGUCCGCCGUGUUUAGAACACAAAAUGGAACACAAAAAUGAAAGAAGCUGAUGAGAAGAUCAUUACUUUGGGACCUUAGAUUAAUCUUCCUCAAUUAUGUGCAUACUUGAAACUAAACGGGGACAAAAUUUAAA